GACCCACAGUAACCACUUUAGGCUCCUAUGAGGUAUCUGAGGGUUGUGAGAGGAAGAAAGGCCAACGCUGGGGGUCCCUGGAACGUCGUGGGAUGCAAGCCAUGGAAGGGGAGGUAUUACUCCCAGCUCUCUAUGAGGAGGAAGAGGAAGAAGAAGAGGAGGAAGAGGUAGAAGAAGAAGAACAAGUACAGAAAAGUGGCAGUGUGGGCUCCCUGUCACUGGGCAAGCACCGGGGCCUAAGCCUCACAGAAACAGAGCUGGAGGAGCUGAGGGCACAGGUGCUCCAGCUGGUGGCAGAGCUCGAGGAGACCCGUGAGCUGGCAGGGCAGCAUGAGGAUGACUCCCUGGAGCUGCAAGGGCUCCUGGAGGAUGAACGGCUGGCCAGUGCCCAGCAGGCAGAAGUGUUCACCAAGCAGAUCCAGCAGCUCCAAGGUGAACUACGGCAUCUACGGGAGGAGAUUUCCUUGUUAGAGCGUGAGAAAGAAAGUGAACUUAAAGAAAUAGAACAGGAGUUGCAGUUGGCCCAGACCGAGAUCCAGAAUCUGCGGCAAGCUGCAGCAGAUUCUGCGAGUGAACAUGAGAGUGACAUGGCAUCCCUGCAGGAGGAUCUCUGCCGAAUGCAGAAUGAACUUGAGGACAUGGAACGCAUUCGGGGGGACUACGAGAUGGAGAUUGCCUCGCUCCGUGCAGAAAUGGAAACAAAGACCUCUGAAUCAACCAGUAGUCCUACAGACUUUAGUGGGUUGCAAGAAGAAUUACAGCAACUGCGGGACCGCUACCAAUUCCUGAAUGAGGAGUACCGGACCCUGAAGGAGAGCAACAGCAGCCUCACAGGGCAGCUAGCCCAGCUGGAGAGUGAGAGGACACGAAAAGCAACAGAGAAGUGGCUGGAGUGUCAAACAACAAAGAGUAUGAUAUCGUCAGAGUCUCAGACCUCAGAAGUGGAUUUCCUAGAGCCUGAUCCUGAAAUGCAUUUGUUGCGCCAGCAGCUGCUAGAUGCUGAGCAGCAGAUGCAUAACAUGCAAAGUAAGUGUAAGGAAUUGUGUUGUGAGUUGCAAGAGCUACAGCAUCAUCGCCGUGUCAGCGAGGAGGAGCAGAAGCGGCUGCAGAAGGAGCUCAAAUGUGCCCAGAAUGAGGUGCUUAGGUUUCAGUCAUCUCACACGGUCAUGCAGAAUGAGGAGCUAAAGACCUGGUUCUGUGAUCUGCAGAAAAAGUAUGAUGCCAGCCAGGACAAGCAGAGCGAGCUCUUGAAGGUGCAGGUGCAGCUUCAGACUGAGCUCAGGCAGCUUAAAGUCAUGAAAUCCACAAUUAUAGAGAGCCAAAGUGAGAAGGAGUUACUAUGCCGGCUCCAGAAGAUGCAAGUCCAACACCAGAACAUCUCAAGUGAGAAGGAAAAGCUACUGGAAGUGCAGCAUCAGCUGCAGGAGAAGCUGCGGUGCCAUGAGGCAGAGUUGCAGCACCUUCGGAAUAUGGUGGCCUCCUUGCAAGAAAGUGAUGAAAAGAACAAAAAGAUUCAAGUCCAGUUUCAUGAGGUGAAGCAGCUGUACGAGUCUAGCGCGAAUGAGUUGGAGCAGCAGAAGCACAUGUCCAACCAGCUAGAGCAGGACCUCUUGCUCUGCCAACUGGAACUAAAAGAGCUCAAGAACACCCAGAACAUUCCUGAGGACAAGGGAAAGUGUUUUAAUAAGUGUGGUGCACUGGUGUCCAAGCUGACAGAAUUGCAGGACAAGUUCAAGGUCAGCCAGAAGGAGAUGGGGCAGCUGCAGAUGGAGCAGUGUGAACUCCUGGAGGAUCAGAGGAGGCUGCAGGAGGAGCAGGGCCAGCUGCAGGAAGAGUUGCACAGGCUCAUAUACCCCACACCCAAGUGUGGCCUCUUUAAUAAGAGUCAGGAGCUGCUUACAAAGUUACAAGACCUAUGUGAGCUGCAGCUGCUCUACCAAGGCAUGCAGGAGGAACAGAAAAAACUGAUACAGAACCAAGAGUGUGUAUUAAAAGGACAGUUAGAGGUACAUGAAGAGCUACGAGGUCUCAAAGAGUCUCAUUUCCAGGAAGUGUUGGAAAAUCCUCAGGAUGCCAAAAAGCAUAAGUUCUCAAAUUCUGGUCAGAACAAGUCCAAGUUGCUCCUGGAAGAUCUACAGGCUCUGAAGGCGCUGUAUAUCUCCAGUCAGAAGGAACAGGAGCUAUUGCAGCAGGAGCAUGGGAGGCUCCUAGAGGAGCGGAAGAGGCUGCAGGCAGAGAUGCAGCUCUGCCUGGAAGAAAUGCAGCUGCUCCAAGAGCAGUCCCCCUCAAUAAAAAUGAGCCUUGAGUCCUGCAAGAAGAACUCUGACAGUGUGAUUCCCAGCAGUGAGAACUUUCACAGGAGUUAUGCAAGCACCAUUGAUGGCAAGGAAAGCUUUCUUAAGAAUUAUGGUACCAGCCAGGCCAGCAGUGAGUCCUUCCUCAAGAGCUAUGCCAGCACUAUGGGUGCCAGCGAGACUUUUGCAAAGAGUUACCUCUCCAGUGUCAGCAGCAUCAUCUCUAAGAAGAGUUAUGGCACCACCAGUAGUUCUAACAGUUAUCAUAAGAGUUAUAUCAGCAGCAUCGCUGAUGAGGAACCAGUUGUGCCUGAAGACAUGGAGCACUUUGAGGAAACGGUGGCCAAGGUGCUGACCAAGCUGCAGGCAGUGCAGGCCCUGUACCAGGUUAGCCAAGAGGAACACUCCCGACUGCAAGAGCAGAUGAGCACGCUGCUGGACCAACAGAAAUCGCUGAGGGAAGAGCUGGAGACCUGCGAAAAGGAAUUCAAGGAGUGCAUAGAAAGCCUGGAGAAAUCUGCAGCCCCCCAGAACGACAGGAGUGAGAUCAAAGAACUGCAGACCAAGCUGCGGGAGCUGCAGCUGCAGUACCAGGCUAGCAUGGAUGAACAGGGGCGGCUCCUGGCAGUGCAGGAGCAGCUGGAGGGGCAACUGCAGUGCUGCCAGGAAGAACUCCACCAGCUCAAAGAGAGAAAGUCAUCCUAUGUUGGCAAAGAGGCCAGGGGAAAGAAUGGUAAUAAGAACAUGAACAAGAAUGCCAACGGGGCUAAAAAGAAAAAGGUGACCAAGCCAUCCUAUGACAAUUCUGAGGGCAACUUUGAGAACACAAAGUCUCUGGAGGUGGUACUGCACUACACGGCUAGCCAGAGCCAAUUAGAUGAGCUAGCAAAAGAGGAGGAAAAGAAAGAGGAGGUGGGAGAGCCAAAACAGGAAGAAACAAAAGAGGAAACCAUGGAGCUUCACUCAGAUGAGCUAGCUACUGAGCCAACAGAUGCUAAGGAGGCUAAGACAACAGAAGAUCACGAGGAAGAAAAUGAAGAGUACAGUGAACAGAAUAAGGAAGAAGAUAAUGAAGAAGACGACGACAAUGACUCUUCCCCUGAGACUUCUGAGGAAAACAACCCUCUUAAACUUUCUGAAAGUAAAAAGAACAUGUUUGGGAUGUGGAAGCCUAUGGCAUUCUUGGCUAUUGCAGCUGUGGCUCUGUAUGUGUUACCCAGCAUGCGACCGCAGGAGUCAGAGUUCUGCCUCAUGGAGUGAUGGCAGACCUGGGCCAGCCGAAAGGGCAGAUCCCCAGGAGCCACCACCCUCACCUUUGGGCAGGACACACUAUGCCAGAGCUCCCACCUCACUCAUGUCCCAUGUGUCCCCACCUAUCUCCUUAGCCUCAGCCACUGAAGCUGGAAAGGCUUAUGGGAGCUGCUGUCUCCCAUCUCCUGCCUUGUAUAAGAUCCUGGGUUCCUUGUAAUUAAAUAUCAACCCAAUUACA